AAGAAGUUACUCGCAUGAAAUGGACUUGAUGGUGCAGCUCAUAGAUAUAUAAACUACUGGUCGCAAGAUGGGGUCUUCCCCGUCAUCCUUAACUGCUAUCCAGUUUUUUACAUUUGCAUAGUCAGUCCGCUAUCUAUGACUACGGUUAAGUCUUCCCUAAUCAACAUUAGAAUCGUGAGGUUGUAAACGCACCCCACGCGUAGAGCUAAGCUAAGGGUCGGUGGGGCACGCAUGCGUACAACGCACCAAAUCUAACCCCAAUACCGCUUCGCUUAAGAAGCCACCAUUUUGUACUUUUCAUUUAUUCCUUAUUUUCGGUACAAACAUCUCCUUCGCGAUAAACGAAUAAGAACUUGCAUUCGGAUUUCGGGAAAGACUAAAUUGUGAAGUGAACGCUUGCAGAGUAGCGCAUCUGUGGACACGAAUUUUACGCGAGUGUUUUCCUUACGUAAUAUUUUUUUGAAAAAAGAAGCUGUUCGUGGUCUCAAUUGGGAAUCGGUGUGAGUGCGCGCGAGUGAUGAGCCAGCGCACGCGCUGAUGCUCUGCGGGGCCAUCUGGAGCGCCGCGCCGGUGUCCCUGCGCGGCCUGGCACCCCCCUUGCCGGCGCAGCCUGCCCUGCUCGCCGCGCUCGUCAUGCACGCACUGCAUGAUCACCGCGUCGACGACGACUCCAGCUUCAUAGAGAAUGGUCUUCUCUCGUACGAGAAUCCGAACUACCAUUUGGAUCCGUCGAGACUCGAAUCCGCGAUCUACAGCGACCUGUUCGACAUGCACGACGAGAAGAAUCUACAGGACGAAUACGACACAUACCUUGACAACAGGAGAGUUGAAGAUGAACCCACAUCUCCAGGGGCGAAGUCAAAUGAAAAGAAUGGGUACAUCACACCUCCACAACAGAACGGGGGCGAAGAGUCCCCCCCUCCGGAGAAAGAGAGAGCAGACCAAGAGGAUACGGAGAAGAGUCACUCGGGCCCAGUGCCUCACAGCGCAGAAGGGCCCAAUGACGAUCUAUACGCGAUACCGGUCAAGCUGAGGCCCAAGAAGGAGCAUCUGCCCCCGGGCUGGGAGAAACAUGAAGACAACGAUGGUCCCUACUACUGGCACAUAAAAAGUGGUACCAUACAGCGAGAAGUCCCGAAGAUGCCGCCGGUGGAAGCGAAGGAUUCCCGCAUCUCGAUGGUGCGGGACUGCUCGAACUUGUCGGAGGUGAACAAAUACGAGGGGGUGAUGACGUCAUCGGUCACGCGGAGCACCACCAGCGGCGCCCUGGACCACGCGGACAGGCAGGAAGAAGACAGGAGGAGGAAGGAAGAGAUGUCAUAUAAACGGCGCAGCUUCCCCGCCCGCCCGGAACCCGACAACGGUCGCGCGGUGCGUUUCUUCGUCCGCUCGUUGGGAUGGGUGGAGAUCUCCGAGUCAGACCUGACGCCGGAGCGGUCCAGCCGCGCCGUCAACAAGUGUAUCGUGGACCUGAGCCUGGGCCGUAACGAUCUGCUCGACCAGGUCGGCCGCUGGGGAGAUGGCAAGGACCUGUUCAUGGACUUAGAUGACGGCGCCCUGAAACUGAUUGACCCCGAGAGCCUGACAACCCUCCACACUCAACCCAUACACACGAUCCGCGUGUGGGGUGUAGGCAGAGACAACGGACGGGACUUCGCGUACGUGGCUCGAGACCGCGCGACUCGCAAGCACAUGUGCCACGUGUUCCGAUGCGAGGCGCCCGCGCGAAGUAUCGCCAACGCCUUGCGGGACAUCUGCAAGAGGAUCAUGAUAGAGAGAUCUUUGCAGCCUCCACCGCGUCCUACGGAUUUACCGGCUGCGCGCAGACCGAGGGCUUUAGCUGGUGCCUCAUUCCCCACGCCCAUGGAAGAGCCUCGCAAGACAGUCCGCGCUCGCUAUCUAGGCAGCGCCGAGGUUCCCCGCGCGACCGGUAUGGACGUCCUCAACGACGCAAUAGAGCGGCUCGCCUGCGCCCGCGCACCUUCAGCCUGGCGCCCCGUUGCCGUCGCAGUGGCGCCUUCUAUGAUCACCGUCACCGAGGACGGGGAAUCUUCGCCAUUGGUGGAAUGCCGCGUGCGUUACCUCUCCUUCCUCGGCAUUGGUCGGGACGUCCGCCGCUGCGCGUUUAUCGUUCACACGGCGCAAGAUUUGUUCGUUGCGCACGCCUUCCACGCGGAGCCUUCUUCCGGCGCGCUGUGCAAGACCAUCGAGGCGGCCUGCAAGUUGCGCUACCAAAAGUGCUUGGACGCUCACGGGGGCGCGGCGUCGCUCGCUCACGGCAGCGUAGGCAGCGGCGGGAGCGGCGGGAGCGCGGCGAGCGACAACGGGCGCGCGUCGCUCGGGCAGGCGCUCAAAUCGCUCGUGGGCUCGCUCACCGGCCGCCGCGCCUCCUGAGCCGGUGGGGACCUCUCUACGCCCGGGGGACACCACCGGGACUGCUUGCCAGCCCUUUGCUUACGACCACGACACAACUCUAGCAGCGACCGACUGCAGGGACUUAGCCCUAGAGCCCCAACAUCGGGGCGAUCGGGACUCCCCUGAUACGAAGACUAAACCUGAUCUAAUCACUGGAGAUGUCCCAUAAAUAUCACCAUUUAAUUGAAAUGUACGUAAGAAGGAAACUGAAUGGAUCUACGACAAACUGAGAAAAGCAGAUUCCCAGGAUUGGAUUUCAAGUACUAGCAGUUGUCAUUCAACUGCUCGCAACUUUAAAAUGUAAAAAACAAAAUAGCUGACUGACUUUGUUAAGCCAAUGACAUUUAAAAUGCUGAUGGUAUUUCUUAUAAAUACUUAUAUACAAUAAUUGAUUGACUAUGUAAAAAGGCAAAGGACUAUCACAUCCAUGAUAAUAGAAGAGCUCAGUUGCUAAGACAAUAAAGGACAGAUAUUUAUUAUAUCUGUUGAAAUACCGAAUACCUACUGACUUUGGUAAAACUCAAUCCUGAAAACGUUGACAAAAAGUGAAAUAAAACCCGGUAAUAUCGCUUUUGUUUUCUAAAAAUUGAGGGUAAGUAUUAUGCUAGCACUUCGCUUGGCUAUUCGUAUUCGCUAUUUGUAACUAAACAGUCUGUCUUUAUCAUGCUUCAUUAGGAAUGAGAAGGACAGACUGAUGACAAGUUCACAAACAGCAAACACGAACAGCCAAGUUUAGUACCAGCAUGAUGUUUAAACGGCCAUUAGGUUUAAACCAAGUCAGACUAGUCCACGUUUUGUAAAAAAGAGAAUGGUCACAUAAGGCAUGUCUUUGGCUUAGGACAGUCAGUAUAAAUUUUGAUCUCGUCUUAUUACUAACUUAUUAUAAAAAAAUAUUGAUCACAUGAGAUCCCAUGGGAGUUGCAGACAAUAAUGUUGCAAAACGUAUUUGUGACUCCGUUUGAUAUAAACUUUUGACUUGAUGUUGUUUGAAGCGAGUUUGAUGUUCGGAUAAGAACGUUAAGUAUGAAUAAUAUUUGUAACUGUAAGGUGUAAAAUGUAGGUAAUUCCAAAGUUUAGUUGCUAAUCACUAAAUAUCGAAUAUCAUAUAGAAGUCUCAUCUCAACCAUAUUUUAUUAUAAAACUAUUGGUAUAUAUUCAUUAAUAUACAAGUAUGACUGCAUUUAACAUAUCCAUUAGUUUUUCAUGAAUAAAGUUCAUUGUCUAGUAGGUAUUGGCUACUACAACUAAACACAUACCCCCUUAUUAAUAAACAAGCAAUAAGCUCAGACUAGUUACGCCGUGUUUAAUUCAUGUCACUCAAAUGCCAUUUGUCAUUCAACGAACAGACAAAACAUGGAUCAGCUAAUCCAAGAUUACCCUGAGUUUAAUAAUAAAUAUUUGCAUUGGAGUAUUUGCAAUUCAGAUGUAAAUCUCUUCAGUAUUUUUUCAUCUUAAACAUACUAUUAUUAUUUAAACUAGUCUAUUUAAAUUAAUAAUAGUAAUCAAUUGGUUUGCUGCAAGGAUAAGACUCAAUAAGUAAUUUUACUACUACGCACAGAAAAUUGCUUUUUUGAAUGACGUCAUCCGAUUAAAAAAAAAAUCUCAAUUUCUUUGAAAUAGCAUCUUCAAGUUAGUCACGAAAUCUAUCUGGGCAUGCUGAUUUUAAUAAUAUUAUCGAAUGCCUUUCUAAAGCUGUGUAAAUUUGUAUAGACACAGCCACUCUUUAUCUACUACAGAAGUGACAAAAUUGACCCUUUUAUUUUGAAUCUUAGUGGUUUGCUUCAAAGUUUAAAAUGGAUUGCAGAAUCAUGAAAUUUUGUGUUUCGCGCUGCAUGUCCGUGUUUUAUGAGCGCCAUCUAUCGAAAUAAAUAACUAUGAUACUUGAGCAGUUCUUUGAAGUUACCUCUAGUUACUUAAAGAAGAAAUACACCGUUAGACAAUGGGCCUUAUUCUGUACUAAUUGUAAGUUAUAGUCAUUGAAUAGCAAACAUUAUUUUGAAUUAAAUUCACAUAACAUACGACAGCAAAUUCAGCUUUUAACUUAAUCACUUAACAAUAAAGUGCACAUCACAUCUGGUUAAUACAAAUAUCAAAUUCCUGCUAACUUUAUUUGAUAUAAAAGCAGGAAUUUCAAAGUUUUGUCUAACCCGAUAUGUUGAUGACUGUAUAAUCCAUCAAGUAUAAAAAUAAUCAUAUAUAGCUGAUAUUUAUUAGGUAAUUUUUUACUGGACUUUUUGUUGUGACAGUUAAAAUAUUAUAUAAUAUACAGUUGGUGGUUAGAAAUGUAUAUGAAAAAUACAGGGGUGGUUAGCUUUUUUAUUAUUAUAGUAAGAGUCAGAUAUCGAAUUAAACCAUAGAACAGCUGAAAGGUCUAACUUCCAUAUAUGGAGAUUGUUUUAUAUUACAACAAUUUAACACGAGUCUCUCGCUAGAUGUCGCUUAUAUGUCUAAUUUAAGUGUCCAGUGAUGAUAUGAGGGUGCACUUCAGUAUAGUGACAUAUCAUCAAAAUGAUGCCUUAAUUUUCUUUUCUUAUCUUAUUGAACGUAAUCGACAUUGCACGGUACAGUCAACCUCAGAUCUACGAACAUUUCUUUCCAUUGUGCGACAUCUAUAAAUGCAAACAGUUGCCUAUUAGAACGCAUGGCAUGCUUAAUCUUUACUAAAUAAUUGAAAUUAAUCAAUUUCUGAUUGCUGUUCUUUUUUAUAAAGUAAUAUUUAAAAAAAACUGUAUCAUUCAUUAUCUUAAUAACAAAAUUAACGACACCUUUAAUUAUUAUUGUUUAGCGAAGUUACCCAAUAAAAUCCUAGUCCAUAGAAGUAGGUAGGUAUGUUGCUUUUGUAAAUUUGACGCUAUGACUUUAAGGAUAAGGUGUUUUUUUUCCGUAACAGAAGUAUUUGGUCUCGGUAAGUACAAUAUAAAAUUGAUGUUUGAAAUCGGUGUAAAUUAGACUAAAUUGUGUAGGUAGUGAUAAUGAUUAAGAGGAAAUAUUACGGAGGAAGUUUUUUGUAAAUAAUUAUUUAUAAAAAAAAAAUGUAAACUUACGGUAUUAAUAAUGUAAGAUAAAUCAAAGGACAGAUAAAUGCUGUGUUUAAAAAGUAGCGACAUGUAGUGCGAAUUCGACUUGCUGUCACAUGUUUUGCGGUGGAGAGUACGCUUCGCAUUUCUGACCACAGAUGGCGUUAUUAAUGCAUAACUCAUAAAUGUUUAAGAGCACUUUGAUUCUAAAGAUCUUAAAAUUUUAUAUAUAAACACAAUUUGUUUAUAAUCCAUCACUAUUGAUUAAUGUAUGCGUUACAUUUUUCCAUAAUUUGGAGAUUUGAUGUCUCGCCUGCUGAAUAAUUGGAAAAGCAUCCGUCCUUUUCACUGCCGCUCUGAUAUCAUAUGCGACAGCAUGUCAGUAUAGUGACUAUAAUGUCAUAGUCCGGAGUACAGCCAGAUUAAUGAUCAGUAGGUAGAUUAUAUGUCACAGUCAUACCAAGAUAUAAAACGAAUUUGCCAGAUAAGUAGGUACCCAUAAAAUCUUCAGAUACUUUUCGGGUAUUGAUUCUUAUAUCAAAGGGCUAGUUGUAAAUUCUCAAGUUACAAAUUAAAUUACUGGCAUGCGUGAUUUGAAUUAAAACAACUUCCAAAGAAUUAAGUGAAAUGUUUAUGAAAUUUGGCAAGUUCGUUUUGUAAUCUAAAUAUUUUGUAACUGCUUAGGUAUUUUACUUUGGACGUAUUUGCUAUAAUGGCUGGAGCGAAUAGGUUUUGAGCACGGUAUGAACCUAGUGGUAAGAUUAUUCGUAAUUCAACUAUAUCACGUCAAGAACGAGUGAAGCAUAAAGUAAUAUUAUUGUAUUAGAACCUUAUUGAGUAAAGAUAAAGAGUUUAUUUUUGCUUAUGCUUGUAAUUUAUAUAUAAAUGAAGAGUUCGAUUGCGAAAAAUAAUAUUUUUUGUAUGACACACCACAUUAUUUAUAGUUGUAAUUUGUAAGCUUUGGAAGACAAAUUUGUAAAAUCACUUUGGUUAUAUUGCAAUGUCGAUCCCAGCAUAUUUUUAGAUUCUUUAAAUAGAAGCUAUGUCGGACUAAGACUAAAGUUUCUUUGACAUCGCAAUAUCAAACCUAUAUCUACGGAUUAAAUCAUAAAUUCGUCUUUAUUUCUCCAUAACCACAUCAUAACAAGGGUGUUAGAAACACGUUGAGCUUUCUAUAAAUAUAUAUAUUUAUGUAUUUAAAUAAUCCAAUUAAUCUUUUUAGAAUAAAAGUUGUAAUAGUGCUAAGCUUCGGUAACACGGCCGCCAUUUUGUGAAGACGAGUAGAAAAUGGCCGCCGUGCCGCGCUCUGGUAUGGAACGUUUUGUAUAAAUCAUAUUUAAAUGGUGUAAAGUAAGAGAGUAUUGGGAACCACGUGAAAAGUAAUCAUUGUCAAGAAAGGUAGAUCAGUAAGGUGUUUUUUGUAUAUGAAACACUUCAAAACUAAAUAUAGGUAACUAAUUGUAUUUUGUUGAUGGGUAAUGUGACCAUUGUUGGUUAAUUAAUAAGAUUCACUGUUGUUUAGUGCUGAAGUUUAAACUUAGAGCAAUAAGUUACUGUGCUUAUUUCAAAUUUGUAUUUUAGAAACACUGACAAUGGUCACAUAUUUCCUAAAUAGAAUAAGGGAGUUUUAGAAGUCACAAAUAGCUUAAUGUUAUAUUUCAAAAUACUAGAAUCAGUGUCGCUUCACGUUUUAUAUAAAUAUGUCAGUAUAAACAAUAAUACACUGAGCUGUUCUAUGAAUCUAUGAUACGUAAACAUAGUGUUAUUCACGCGUUUUAAUGUAAGUAUAAAAAAAUAAAGUCAUUAUUUAUACAAAAUAAAAUAUAUAAUAUGAAUGGAAUAUUUAAAGCGGCGUGCACACACGACCGUAGGCCGUGGCGUCCUUAGUCGCAGAGCCGAGAUGCAAGCUUCUACUGCCUUUAUUCGGAUGAACUAUAUAUCAAUAUUUUCUAUAAAAGUAUCGUUAUAAAUGUAGUUAUUAGACAGCUUCCGAAUCCCAGGUUUAUAGCUCACUGUUGGAACGCAAAAUUAUGGGAGGCAAACGUUACGAUACAAAUAUACGGUCAUCGCUUUGACAGCUUAAAAGCCUUCAACUGUGGCUUUUAAUGAAUACUUUUGUGAAAUUAAUAAAAAAAAUAUUCAUAAAGACUUUCUGGAGUUUCAUUUAUUGAUCUCAAUAUUUAAGAAGCGAAAUAUUAUCUCAGAACAGUUAUCAUUAUGUUAAUGACAAAUGAAAAGCAAGGCCUUAUGCAGUGCCGUCAAAUAUGACUUCGGGUGCCCGAAUUAGAGUAUGUUUUUCGUGCACCCGAGUACGGGAUAACGAACAAGUGUAAUUGAGGCAUUACGCUCCACAAUAAAAUGUGCAUAUUUUUAUGUAGUAGUAGUAGUAAUAGUUAUUUAUGAUAUUAGUGCGGUAAGUUGGUUAUUAGAAACGAGUAGACGAAUGUUUUCCAUAGUCACGAGUUAGUAAAUACCAAUACCGCACGAAUAUCAUAACAACGUUUUUCAACACGUUUGCGAGAAAACAGUAUUUUUUUAAAUAAUGAAGCAUUUUUUUCUAAGACGAAUAUGGCGCGUAUUUCCACGUGGCGCCACGUACAAGUGGUGAAAAUGAGAACUGCAUGUUUCGGUUCUUUUUUCUUUUUUUUAGUAUUAAAGAUAGCCAAAUGUAUAGACCAAAAGUGGUUCAAUCCAAAUUAAAAAAAAAACAUAUAGGAUACGCAAGGUGCCACAUACCGGUGUGCGAUUUUUUUUACCGCGCACUGUACCCCUAGCAUGAACCAAAAUCGAAUUCGUAACGUUUGCGAGUCCGAAAUCUCAUUGUCAAAUGUGUACUGAUGUUUAGUUCCCGAUACGUCCAAAGUGGCGCUGCUGUUCAAGUUUCCAUACAAAAUUUGAUAUUGACAUUUCGGUUUGCAAACUAAUCGAAUUCGAUAAUGGUUCGUGCAGGGGGUACUGUUGUAUGGUGCGUAAUUUUGAACUUUUGAAUACUUUUUUUAGCAAAUGUGUUGAUAAAAAAAAUUUUUUUAGCUAUCUUACAAAGUGUGUGUGGAUUCACACGCCUCAUUGUGAAGAAACCCAAACAGUGCCUCAGAUGGAAAAUUAAAAUCACUAGUUUCUUCUAUUCAUUAUAAAUAUUUAUUCAUAAUUAUUACAUUGGGAAUAAUUUGGAAUUUCGUAUUAAAACAUCUCCGGUGUGUCCUCGUGCCGAACGCAACAGUCCGUAUUAAAAAUCAAAAUAGUCUCCGUAUCGACAUAAUUAUAUAUGUACUACUAUAGUCAUCUUUCACAGGGCUCUUUAAAAAUAAAUAUACUUACUGCUCCACGAUUAAAUUGAAUAUAUUAAUUACGUUUUGCAACAAAUCAUUCGCGAGACAAGACAACAUCACAUGCUAUUUCUUGUUUUUGUAUUACAUCAAAAGAUUAUUCAUUCUAUAAAUACAAAAAUAACGUUUCGAUAUACAAUCAACUUUGAAACAUAAAUAAUGAAAUUUAUUAUGAAGUAAUAGGGUUGAGUUUUUCAUCAUAAUAUACAUAUUUUUUUACUAUUAUUUGAAUUUGUUACGUAAAAUAGGUAUUCAUUUUCAUGAUUCACGAUGAUAAUACAAUCUCAAUUAUUCGCAGUAUUUAAGAUCGACAUUGCUGUCUGAAAAGCCUUCACACAAAACCAUAAUUAUGGAUCAUAGGCUUUUAAUUUACUCGACUGUGUUAAUUUUAAAUUUAAAAGCGUUUUAUUAACGCCAUCUAUCGGAAAACGCAGCAUACUACGUCAAACUUUCUUUAUUCAAGUAGGAUGCAUAGUACAACUCUUUUGAAUCGUCACAUUUUUUUCUCUUAGCACCCCACUGAGGAUUUAUUUUUUUAAAGCUACAUUUUUUUAGAUUAAGGUAAAUCAAUAGUCAAUUUGAAAAAGAAAAUGUUUAAAAGAUGGAAUUUGAAACCCUCGUUAUGUACAAAGUACAAUAGUAUUGGAUGUCAGUCGAUUUGUUUGAGUGCAAUUAUUACCUAACACAUGGAAGUGGUUUGCUUAAAUAUUUUAUAUUUAUAAUAUCAUUUCAUAAACCGAAUUUAUUUGUAAAAUUGUAGACUUCACCAAUUUCAAGCCUUAAAAGUACUUAAGAGGGGAGGCGGGCAAUGAUUUCUCCAUACAAACGUUCUCGACUGAUUGCUCCUUGAUUUUUAUCACUAAAGAAUUGAUUUUCAUACAUAAAAUAUAAUUUUACGCAUUCUAUGCUCCUACAUAUGUCUUUCCUUUUUCGAUAACUUGUGUUUCAAAGAAACUAGAAGCCCUCAAAAAGGCCAAAAAUAAACAAUUUUCAUCACCACCAAUGACGGCUAGUGUGGUGAUCUAAUAAGCAUUUAUAAAAAAAGCAAAACAUUGAGGCAUAGAAUAACUAAACUAAUUUUCUAGGAGGGAAUUGUCGAGAGCCAAACCUCGAAUUUUGCAACUUUUUUACGCAAUUUUCAGCGUUGACUACUGUUAGCAAUAGUUUUUUUCAAAUACCUAUUUCUCAAAUGUCUGUCUCAAGCUCGCGUCCGCUCUUAAGGCUGUAAGUAGAUUGACUUUUAACUGGCACUGACAAAGUACAAUGUUAAAAUUGGCCUAAGAACCAACACCAAUUUGGCAUUUAUGAUAAUUCUUAGUAUAUUUUUUGCGAUAAUUAUCAGUAUUCAGAUUGUGACGGACACUUCCAGUUAAGUAAGCGAAAUAAAAAAAUAAAAAAAAUAAUCUGAGACAAUAAAUACCAUUUUAUGUGUAUAAUCUGUGGCAUCGCUGCAAACAAAACACUCUUUCUUCCUAAUGCCGGCACUUCACUUGUCUAUUCGUAUUUGCUAUUUUCAUGACAUCAGUCUGUCUUUUUCAUUCCUUAUUAAGCAUGACAAGGACAAACUGUUGUCAAGUGAAGGGCCGGCAUAAAAAUCGUUAAUCUGUGGUUGUGGUACGUGCAAUUUGCAUUUGUAGUAAUCUGUGGCAUUCGUGCAUUCCAAAGAGUAGUUUAAAAGUGCAUUCUCGUUUCGGAUUACCUGUUGUGUGUGUAUAUUUGCGAUUGUUUUUCCUUUAAUUUAACUAUUUCGGCUAUCUAAUGUGCCAUCGAUGUUACCAAAGAGCAGAGCCCUUAUUACCAAGUGCUAGUGAACCUGUGCCAUAACAUCCUGAGAGAAUCAUACUGCCAAAUUAUUCAAGAACACCUGAUACACAUUCACGCUGCAUAUUUAAACAAUAAACAUGUGAUAUAGACAUAAAAACAAUAAACAAUAUACAAUUAUGUGAAAAAUAGUCAUUAAAUAAGAAGCAAAACUACAGUUUUUAUUUUAUUCAUGAUUCCUACCUAACCAAGUUUUUCCUUAUAGUUAUUCUUUAAAAUCGCACCGAAUAAAAUGAAUUAGUUGUAAUAUUAAUUCACUUCAUACUGAGUUCAUACUAAAUUCAAAGGUUGAACUAUGUUUCAUUGAAUAUUAAACAUAACCUAAAAAAAUUUUUAGUUUUCCUAAUAAUUUAAGUUCUCAGAAGUGUCCGUCAAUAAUCUUUGUUUUUACAGUCAUUUACUUCCGAUUUUGAACCUAGAAAAUAAUAUUUCAUGAUUGUUGGUUCUUAGGCUAACUAUGUAUGGACGCUGAACAAUGUCCUUUAGCGCCUUUAGAAUACGCCAUCUUUUGUUCGAAUAAUAGCGUUUGCUUCAAUUAUUUCUGAAUGCAGUCGAUUUGUCAGUUCAAGGAAAAUUCAACCUUAAAAUUACUAAUACAAAAGAAUAAUCUCGCUUAGGCCCAUUACAGGCCACAGACUUGUGGGACCCAGAUUGAGAAGGCAAAGUUACUAUCAGAAAAAGUUUGUGAAGCUUUAUACAAGCGAAAGCGGCUUUAAAAACUUAAUAGUAAAGUAAGAAUAAAAGAGAUUGUAUUUGCAGAUUUCCAAUCUACGCAUAAACUCUGCCGUCUGCAAUGAGCCUAAUAAUAAAUCACAUAAGUAUGACAGCCAAUAGUUGAGCUACAUCAGAAAUCUCAGGUGUAAAACGACUUUACCUAGAUUUAAUUAUAAAAAUAAAAUAAAAGUUAACAUUUAAAAAUACAUUUACAGAUUUGGUUCUUGCGAAUACUGGGUUUUAGAUACUUAUGGAUUAAAAUAUGUUAAAAGAUUGUAUAAAAUUUUCUCUUUCACUGAUUGCCAGUAAACAAAAUAUCUUUUUUAUCUCCACUUUCUGAAACAUUAUCGCAAACAAAUACGGACUAUGAGUGGAGCAGCGGGCUAGUUGUCAAACGAAAGUAUUUAUAACUAAUUAUUUAUACAAAAUAUGCAUGUUCUAUACAGAUCUAUAGUUAAAUAUAAAAGAACAUUAUCAGUGUACAACAAUGUUUUUGAUCCAGUGCAGGGCUACUGUCAACGAAUUGAUUAUUUAUUAGAAAUUUAAAAUUUCUAUCACAAAUACUUUUCAAGGACUAGAGAUAAAUUAUAAUUGUAAGUUUCAUGCUAUUAUGCGACACAAGUGUAAUACUCUUCUUUACACACAAAAUAUAACAAAUACAUAAUAUACAAAACCAGAGCGACCAUAGACUUCGGAUACUAAAAGUGUCGGUUCUUUGAAAAAACUUAAAUAAAAAAAAAGUACUUUAAACAUUGGAAGAAAAAAUGGAAGGUAUUGGCACAGGCUUAUUAAAAUCCUUUAUAACAACCAAAAUAUCUUUACAGUUUUAAAAUAGAUCUAUGGUCUACCUAAAACAAAAAAAAUGUAAGUUUAACCUCCUUCGUUUUGUCUAUGGUCGGACAGCAGUCCUGCACUAUGCCAGUGUCGCCAGUUUAGGGCCGUCUUUGCGGGAAUAAAUCUAUCAUUCAUAUAACAACCUCAUGAUUAAUAUCUUCAUUCUUCAUAAUAAACAGUGCGGUCAACCUGAAAAAAUGGUAAAACGAGAUUUUAGAUACUUAUUUAAGGUCUUUCAGUAGCAACAAUUUCGCUAAAUCUUAAUUUAACUAAAAUGAUAUUGUCAAAUUGACAUUGAUGUUGUCAUUUUUAUGGGUUUAAUCUAGUUUUAGUUGAAAAAUUUCUCAUUUUCUGCACACAACUUUAUUUUUUUCCGUAUGAACAAUGUACAUAUUAAAAAACUUAAAAAGAAAAAUGGACGUACUUAAUCGCUUAAGUCGUCCUCAAGUUAUGGCGUAUUGGUGUGUGGUCAAAGGAAAUACGUAUUCACUUUUAUAACAAAGUUUAUAUAUGUUACUGGCCAAACCCGAUUUUAGGACUAGUUUUUCGUAGGCCAAACCAAUUCACCCUCCAGGCGAUAGGAUAAACCGGGACAGACUAGGCUAAGCUGAUUCGACCUCUAGCCAAAAGGAGAAACUAGUUUAUCCUAAGCUGCACUAGUUAAGCCUAAUAACAUUAAACUUCAGGAUAAAUUGGUUUGGCCUAGUCUAAUUCUUCCUAGUCACAAAUGUUUAAGCGAAGCGUGUUUAAGUGAGGCGUGUCUUAGCGAGAAGUUUAUUCGUAUUUAAGUGUAAUUUUUUGGGGUGGGCGAUAAUAAUCACGAUAUUUUAAAUAGGCAUUAAUAAAAUAAGUGGGUAUGCUCAAUAUUCAAACUGACGUCUCUCUUCGUCGUCUUUUUUAAGUAUAAUUGUUAACUUUAAUAAAUAUAUUAUGAUAUGAGUAAGUAUAUUAUAAUAGGAUGAAAGAUUGUGAGAUAGUUAUAGUUAUAUAAUCAUGUUUAAUAUGUGGAGGUUUUUAAUUGGCUUUAAGAUAUUGUUUUUUUUUAUUAAUUAAGUGAUCGAUUGCUGUAAACCUUCCUAAAAUAAAAAAAAUAAAUAAACAAAUAAAUUAAAAUGUCUCUCAAGGACUGCAGUAAAAAACCAUUCAGUUGGAUCAGGACAAGGUCUUAUAAGGUGCAGCUGCGUUUGACACUGAAAAGCAGAUGCAACUACAAGCAAAAAUAGUUCUCAGGAAUGGAAUUGAUUUAAUUAAUAAAUACAUCAUGAUGUUAUUAUUUCUGGUGUUUUAUUGCACCCUAUUCAUAGACUAGGUCAAACCAGUUAAUCCUAAAGUGUACUUACUCAUAUUAGGCUCAACUAGUUCUAGUAAUAAGUUUAAACUUAUUACUCAUUAUUAAUAAUAAGUAAUUACUAGUAUUACUCCUAUCGGCCAUAGGAUAAAUCAGUUUAGCCUCGUCUGUAGGUACCAGUUUGUCGUAUCGCCUAAAGGAUGAACUGGUUUGGCCUAGGAAAAACUAGUUUGUCCUAAAAUCAAGUUUUGCCGGUAAUAUAUAUAAUUAAAGACAGAACAUUUCCUAGUUUUUUCUUACAUAUACACUUAUUUAAAAACAUUUUUUUUUCAGGAGGAGCGUUUAAAACUAACAUCCCAAAACAUACAAUAUUUAAAGAUUGAUACGUGAUGAAAAGCUUAUACUGCUUAGCUAUUCAUCUAAAAAAAAUUAAAAAAAAACUUUAAAUAUUGUAUGUUUUGGGAUGUUAAAGUUUUAAACGCUUCUCCUGAAAAAAUGAUUUUUUUGCAUAAGUGACAGUGUCGGCAUAACUUUAUGAUGGUUUCAGCUCACCUGUGAUGGCACUACAUCCAUCCAUUUUGUUCAAAGAAGCUCGUUCUGUGCUGGAACAAACGGGUACUCUAUAGAAAACCAUCUUAAAUCGCAUUUUAAUAUGAUUAUCACAAAAACAGUAAUUCUAUUAUGAUCAAACUAUACAAUAUUAUUUUUCUCAAACAUGCUUGGAAAUGUGAGCAUUAUUUUGACAACCUUCAUCGAGAUAAAACGGAAUUGCUGUACUGGCCACAUACAUGCCAGCAGCGUCCAGCAAAUUUUUAAUAAAAAUCCAUAUCUGUUGUAUUUAACAGCCAAAUAAAUUAUUACAGUGUAAACUCAUAUCUGUCGUGUAAUUUAAAAAUGGAACAUUCUUUUAUUCCGAAUCAUGGCAACUAAAGAGGUAACUUAUCAAACGUUUUAUGUACAUUUUGAAGUGGAUCUCAAAAUAGAAAGCUGUUAACAGAAAAAAAUAAUAAACACUUCAACAUGAGAAAAAUUUAUGCUGUUCGUCAUUGAUUUUCCAGAAUUUCGAAUGUUCUCAGUGGUUCUGCCUUAAUUGUUUUAAUUUCCGCGCAUUAUUUGAGAAGUGUAGGUACUAUACAAUUCUUGGCCAUAACUAAGCAUUGAUGGACUUACGUAUGUAUGGGUCCGUCAAUGCCGCUUUUGCUGGCCGAUGCAUAAUGUACUAUUAUUAAAACAUAACUUAAAUUUUUAUUUGAUUCAAAGCAUGAUAAAAUGGACAGUUUGCCAAUAACGGCUUGUACGAUAUUGUGAAAUAGGUAAUAAUUAUUUCAAAUUUGUGUAAUUUGUGUGAUAAGCAAUUUAAAAAUCUUUAUAAAUGUUUUAAAAAGUUAUAUUCUGUCCAGGGAGGUUUGUGACAUAAAGGUAAAAUUCUUCUUUAGAUAUCCAUCAAUGUGUGAAGUAAGUACAGACGCGUGCAGAAAUAUGUAGAUAUCUAGUAGUACAGGAUGGAAUAAUCUAGAUUUAUUUCGAAACAGUUGGAGCUUCGGAGUCAGCCUAGGGCGAAAUGCACACCUAGAGAUACUCAACGCGGCGAUUCCGAACGCGGCCAAGAGCCACGAAGCGGGCGCGGCGACUUUAAGCGCGGCCUAGAGGCAUUGAGCAGAGUAAUCACUUGCGCAAUCUCGUGGCCGCUUCGCAGUACUGUGCGCCGCUUGAGAAUUGUUUCACGUUUGUCACGAAAUUUUUAUACUUCUGAUUAUCGAAAUUAGGGUUUAACUUAAAUCGUUAACUUCUCAGUAUCUUUGGCCAGGUGUGCGCUACGCCUAACAGUUUCAAAAAAAAGUCCAAAGUUUUUAUAUGCAUUUUAUGUGUUGUCAGCAAUAAAAACAUUUUUCUUUCUUUCUUUCUUUCAAGCAGUAAAAACGGACUUCAUAAUGUUUUUUACUCUUUCAAUAAUCAGAUUUGAUAAAUGAAAAGCAAACUCUCAUUGUAAUACUUAUUCCUGUUUUCAUGAGAGGCAGUAUUUCUUUAAAAUUAUUUUACUUCACAACUACUACUACAUUAUUUAUAAGUCAAUUACAUAAUGGUGAAUCACUGAAUAUUCUGAGGUGUGGAUCUUAAUUAUUUUAUAGGAGGUCACCUACCUAUACCAGUUAAAUGAAGAAUUAACUUGAUGCGCUGCGGUCAGCAUGAGUGAGAUUUAUAAAAGUAUAGAGUUGGUUAUUUUUUUCAUUACAUUAAUAUUGCGAUUUAAAUAAAAUAAAAACUAAGCUUAUAAGAUAAAAUAAAUACAAUUUAAUUUACAACAAAUUGAAAAAUAUGGUUAUUAAUACCAUACUUUCACCAAAAGAAACUGAACACAUCAGGGUGAGUUAUAUACAGGAAGUACGAAAGUCAAAAUGAGUAUUGGUAUAUGAAGGUGUGGAAAAGAAAAGAAAUCGUAAAAAAGAAGUCAAAUACCUUUUACUCCUUAACUAACAUGAGAAGCUGAUACAAAAUGGGAGUGAUUAGAUGACUACUUAUGAGCUUAAAACAUGAAUUACAUCUUGUCCGAAUUCAAGCGAGAAACUAAUUACUACUAAAGUUACUUUAGUAUAUAAGUGAUAUCUACUGCUAUCCUUCCAGUGAGAAUGGAGCAAUAGCUACGCAGAAUGGAGUGACACUUAACAUGUAAAUAAUCAUUUUUAGCGAACGCACUUUUCACAAAGUUGUCCUUUACUGAUUUUAGCAUGCGCUGGUAAAUUAAAUGUAACAUUUUCAGACUUGGGUCAAAGGCUGCAGUUAUAUCCAUAAUGUCAAUAGCAAGAGGUGCAAAAGUUAGAUCAAAAUAUUAAGAUUGAAUUAUUACAAGUUGCAUUAUUAUUUAAUAGUUAACGAAUGGACAUUGUGAUCUAUUGUUUUGCAGAAAUCAUAAUAUUUGUAUGUCAAUUGGGGCUGAUUACGGCUGUACAAUUUAACACCCAUGUAACUUUUAACACCCGUGUUUUACAAAUAAAGAAUUUGAUUUUAUUCGUUUAUAAUGAUUGAUACUCCUCACCCACUAAUCUAAUGUUCGAAUCUGUAACCCCAUUACAGGCGAAAUACUCCCUAUGUAGGAGCACCUUUAACUUCAUCGUCGAGAGUCGAUAAUGGGUCAGCUUCGCACGCAAUGGAAUGCGGGUAUGGCUGAUUACGCGACAUCAAUUUCCCUACAAUGAAACGAAUCUAAACGGGCGACGCAAACCAUUUAGUAACUCGCGCAGAUUCUGUCACGAAUACAAAAUUUGUAUUAUCAAAAAUCUUUGACACUUAAUUUCUUCAACAUCGAAUGUGUCGAGUCGUAUGGCAAACACUACUAGUAUAAAUGGAAAGUAAAAAGAAAAUUUAGGUUUUUCAACAUGGUAACAAACAAUUGAACUUAUUAUCUAAACUUUACAGGUAAUCUGAAGAGAGUCUCUCCUUUUCAUUCUGUAUACAGCAUGUAAAAGGACACUGUUUUCAAAUUUAAUCUUUAAGGUUAGUAACCAUACCAGAACCGGGCCCAAUGUAUUCUUAAGAGAUGGUAUGUUUUCAAAACAAAUCUGUUACCAUACUGAGAUAGCGAAGCGUGUCUACAUGAAGCCUAGACGUUAGCGAGCGAUGUGGUUAUGGCAGUGCGAAGACAAGCUUAGGAGUUGCAAAACUUUUCUAGUUAUUGAUAUAAAACUAAAGUAUUGUCUGGAUGUAAAAUGCAUGAUUGCUAUAAAAAAUAGUGUUAAUAUUUUUAUCCCAAAACACAUAUUAUAUAUUGAAAUUCCAUUAAUUGUUGAUAUGAAUGUUGGAAGUGAUUAGAAAAGGAUACGAGAAUAGUAAAACAUAUACUGCCUUAUUACAAUAUGUUGACUACAGUUAUCUUGUCCAAAAAAUGCUAAUGGUGCCAAUUCUGGCGUGAUUCUCUAAACUAAAAACUAAAUUUAACAUCAGUCUCUCCUUUUCAUUCUGUAUAGAGAAUGACAAGGAUAUACUGCUGUCAAAUUUAAGUUUAGGUUUAGAGAAUUAUGCUAGAAUCGACACCACUGUCACCUGUGUUUAGUAUGGAGAAGACAGAGACAGCACUAGUUUUAAUCAAGGCUAACUUGAGUACAUAUUUUUUAAUAAAAGGGAGUGUUGAACGGAUACUACCAAGUAAUAAGAGCAUUCUAAAGAAAAUUGUAAUAUAUAAAGUAUGGCAUCCCUUUCCUAGUAAAAAUAUUACACAAUAAUAAGUAACCGAGACAACGGUUCAUGUCUGUUAACAAACUAGUUUUGUAGACAGUAUAAUAAACAUUCUACAACAGAUCGAGUUUUAAUUAAUUUAAGCAUUUACUAUCCUAUGGACUGGGCUAAAACUGUUAACACAAUUUGAACUCUCUGCUAAUGAAAUAUCGAAAAGAUUUGCAACAACUGCACAUAAACGCGCCACUUACAACUUGUCUUUAUCUGAACGAGUUUCUCCGAAAAUAGAGCUCCUUGCGUUGAACGGAGGUUGGCUGGAAGACUUCUCGUGCUUCACUGGCCGACAAAAACCAACUUUAAAUGUUAUACGGAUAAAGUCCAAUUUGGAACAAACAAUGUUUUGCGAUUUAUCAAGUAUAGAAACUUACCGCUAGUUAUCACUCCACCGUAAGAACUGCUAUUCAGCUUGGUUGUCUCUUGUGAAUGCUGAAAAUACAUUUUUGUUUCUCAAUUUGGAAGAAUAAUUCUUCUAUUCUUUUUGGAAUUUAAUGCUAGCAGUGGUUUACUUCAAGACAAAGAAAAGAGUAUUACAAAAUAUGUUCUUAAUAUUAAAGUUUCUUUCUAUGACCAAAGAAGCAGGAUGUUAGUGAACAUUAUAAAUAUAUCUACUUCGUUACUAAUGUGCAUUUAAAUAAUGUUAUAAUAAUAAUAUAUAGAUUUUUAGCUAAACCAUCACCAAAUACUUAACCACAUUCUCUAGAUCACACAGCAUGCUGUUUCAAAACAAGGUGUUAGCAACUAAAAACAAACAGACAUUAUUUCUUAUUUCAAUGCACUAAAGUCAGUCGUUUUGUAUGAUUGUUGCGCUAUGUAAUACGCUUUUUAUAUUAUACGCAAAAUUUCAAUAACAUUAUCACUUAUCAGUUUUAUAAUACUUCUUUAUUUUCAAAACUGCAAUAGUAUUUUCAAGUCAAUGAAAUUACGUAGAGGGUAUAUUUAUAGGUCAACAAUCAUUAUUUGAUUAAUUAACGUUAUUUAGAACAAUAAUUGUAAUAACAUACCUCCAUCUCUCUUAUAUUCCUCAUAAUAUUAUCAAUAUCUUCUUUAGUAGGCUCGUCUAACGAAUCACUCCGUUUUUCACUCUUGCCAUCCUUGACAGCAGCCACAACACUUGCUGCUUUACUACAAUGUUUUACACUGUUCACUUUCUUCUGUCCGUCUGUCACACUCACUUUGUCCUUUAACUGUGAAGGCACUGAGUCACUCUUAUCACAUUUUUGUCCACUUUUGUCCAUAUUUUUGUCUUCAACUACUUCGACAUCGCUGCUGCUAUCAUCUACAGCAUAUGGUUCAGCCUGAACAAUGUCCCCUAGAGGAUCCACAUCUGACACUAUUACAACGUCUUUCUUCUUUUUCACUUCUGGUGGCCGUUUGUCUGGUUUCGCAAACGUCGGUGAAUGGUGCACAGGAACUAAAGCAGGUCUAGGAAUGUUGUUUUCGGCUAUCCUCAUACUUUCGAUUUGCUUUUGUGAGAUCUCUUCCUUAUUUUUCGGACUAGGUUCUUUCUUGCUCGAUGGAAAACUGGUAUCGACAUGCAGAGGAACCUCGACCUUUUUGUCUUUGACGUGAUUUGUCUUCUCUGGCUUUUUAUUUUUGUCCUUGUCUUUUUUACACAUAUCAUUUAGUGCUGCUGGAGAUUUCACUCUGAUUAAGCUUUCUUUCGGUUUGUCAAACGAGGGCGGACUCGGUUCUUUCUUGUUGGUUUGUAAAGUGGUAUCCACAUGUAUAGGUAGGUCUACCCUUUUCUCUUUGACAUGAUUUUUUUCUGGCUUUUUAUUUUUUUCCUUAUCUUUUUUAACCAUAUCGUUUAAGGCUGCUGGGGAUUUGACCCUGAUUAGGCCUUCAGGAUGCUUCUCGGUGGAAGUUAUCACAGAGUUAGUUAACUUUUUCUCUUUACUGUUGGGGACGGGUGUGAUUGUGAUGCUGCCAAUAUUAUUGGGGGGAAUGUACAAGUCUUCUCUGCUCUUUUCUUCCUUUUUUCUAUCAUCUGGCUUUUCUACUAUUAAGUCUUUGCUGAGAGAGAAGCUAUUGAUGAUAGUGCCGAAGACUUGGCUCUUAUAUUUGUCGUCUUCUUGCUUAUCCGUAGGUCUGUUUGUAGUGGUAGCAGUGACUGUGAGAGAGCUCGGGAAAUGAAUGGGUUCGGUGAAUGAAGCUGGAGGUUGCGAUGCUGAGCCAAGCCUUUGGCGUUUCGUUUCCGAAGCUGCUUUAAUUUCUUUGCUGAGGCU